GAGGCAGUGAAUGAGCGUGUGUGUGUCUGUGUGUGUGAGGGAGGGAGGCAGGGAGGGAGCGCGGCCGCCGCCGCCGCCGCCGCCGGAUCGGUUUCUCGGGGUUUGACCAGCUGUCCCAGGCUAACCCUCUGCUCUCUGAAGAUGGAGGAAGUAAAAACAGGAUUACCCUUAGCUACGGCUCCUCCGCCGCCUUAGUCCCCCCACAGCCAACUGCCGUGCACAAACACACCUCCACUGGGCAGAGGGAGCCGACACUAAUAAACACACAAACAAAAGGGGGAUGGAACUGACUCACUGCCUGCGCGGCUGAGUGUGUGCCUGCCUACCUGGACUAGGGGGAAGAUAAGCACUGCACUUUGACUAUGGAAGCAGAGGCUGCUGAUGGAUAUAUAACAUGUGACAAUGACUAUUCUCCUGAAAGGGAGCACUGCGGCAUGGCCAUUGACCUCACCUCCAGCACUCCCAAUGGCCAGCACACCUCCCCCUGUCACAUGGCAAGCACAAAUUCAGUAAAGCUAGAAAUGCAAAGUGAUGAUGAAUAUGACAGGAAGCCCCUGAGUCAUGAAGAUGAGAUCAGAGCUCACGAUGAAGGAAGCAGCCUGGAAGAGCCCUUCAUUGACAAUAACGAGAUGGUGGAUAACAGAAAGAUCCAGGAGCUAGCAAGCGAGGGAGGAAUCCGGCUUCCGAAUGGUAAACUGAAAUGUGACGUCUGUGGCAUGGUUUGCAUUGGGCCCAAUGUGCUAAUGGUACAUAAAAGGAGCCACACUGGUGAACGCCCCUUCCACUGUAACCAAUGUGGAGCUUCUUUUACCCAGAAGGGGAACCUGCUGAGGCACAUCAAGUUGCACUCUGGGGAGAAACCGUUCAAAUGUCCCUUCUGCAGCUACGCCUGCCGGCGGAGGGACGCCCUCACAGGACACCUCAGGACGCACUCGGUGGGGAAGCCUCACAAGUGCAACUACUGCGGCCGGAGCUACAAGCAGCGCAGUUCGCUGGAGGAGCACAAGGAACGCUGCCACAACUAUCUGCAGAAUGUCAGUAUGGAGGCUGCUGGGCAGGUCAUGAGUCACCAUGGUGGGUGCAAACCGUCUUCUGAGGGCACUUGGACUUGGAGCAUCUCUUUACCUCCUAUGGAAGAUUGUAAGGAACAAGAGCCUGUGAUGGACAACAAUAUUUCUGUGGUGCCUUUUGAGAGACCUGCUGUUAUAGAGAAGCUGACAAGCAACAUGGGAAAACGUAAAAGCUCCACCCCACAGAAGUUUGUGGCACGGGCACAGUCAGGCACAGUGGAAAGUUUGGAACUACUCUGGAAGUCACUGCAGCUGCAUGAGUCACCUGGAAUAAAAAAAAAAAAAAAAGCUGUUGGUGAGGUUGCUGUUUUAUCCAUCCCAGGACAGGAAUUUGUAGGAGGUGAAAAGCUCAUGAGAUUUGGCUAUCCAGACAUCCCCUUCGAUAUGAACCUAACCUACGAGAAGGAGGCUGAGCUGAUGCAGUCUCACAUGAUGGACCAAGCCAUCAACAAUGCAAUCACCUACCUUGGAGCUGAGGCACUUCACCCCCUGAUGCAGCACACACCAAGCACAAUUGCAGAGGUGGCGCCAGUCAUCAGCUCAGCUUACGCUCAGGUCUAUCAUCCCAACAGGAUAGAGAGGCCCAUCAGCAGGGAAACCGCCGACAGUCACGACAACAACAUGGAUGGCCCGAUCUCCCUCAUCAGACCAAAGAGUCGAACCCAGGAUAGAGAGGGCUCCCCCAGCAAUAGCUGCCUGGAUUCUACUGACUCAGAGAGCAGCCACGACGACCGCCAGUCCUACCAAGGAAACUCUGCCUUAAACCCCAAGAGGAAGCCAAGCCCGGCUUAUAUGAAGGAGGAGACCAAGGCUUUGGAUGUCACAAAAGCUUCUAAGGGCUCUUUAAAGGAUAUCUACAAGGUGAUCAACGGAGAAGGGGAGCAGAUUAGGGCUUUCAAGUGCGAGCACUGUCGGGUCCUCUUCCUGGACCAUGUCAUGUACACCAUCCACAUGGGCUGCCACGGCUACCGGGACCCUCUAGAGUGCAACAUCUGUGGCUACCGGAGCCAGGACCGCUAUGAGUUCUCGUCGCACAUAGUCCGAGGGGAGCACACAUUCCGCUAGGCCUUCUCAUCCAAAGGGGACUCGUAUGAAGUAGAAGAACUGCACAUGAAGAAAUACUGCACUUACAAUCCCACUUUUCCUCAGACAUUGAAACGCCUAUUUUGUUGUUGUUGCUGUUGUUGUUGUUGCUGUUGUUUAAUUAUUAUUAUUAACCUUAUUUUUUGUGGACCCAACCUCAUUUGCUCUGCCCAGCUUAAGAAUAGAAAGAAGGAAGCGAAGGGAUAAAAGAGGGGGUUGUUGUUGUUGCCGUCGCUUUCUGGGGAGUGACCUGCCUCGCUUUCUGUGGGAAUUGGAAGGCAGUCCGUGUCUGUCUCAGUCAGUUGUACACCGUGUCCUAUUUUGGGAUAUCACUCAACCCUUCUAGGUGCUUUCAAGUCCCAAAAAGAUGCCACUUAUUUACAGUUUCAGAGGAAUAGGUAGAAACAUUUCAGAGGAGAGCCUUUUUCUGACGUGUAGUUACUGUGUGGGGUUUUGGUGGCUGGAGAAGACGGGGGGAACUUUAUUCUGCAGAAUGAACAAUUAUUUUUAAAGCAAAACUGUGAGGGAGUUAGGAGCAUGAAUCGGAGUUGCUUUCAAGGGAGAGCUGUUUUCCUGGGUUCAGUGUGUAUUGCCCCCCUAGAAUGUAAAGAAAUUUAAAAAAAAAAAAAAAAAAAAGGAAAUGUAUGUCUUAACACUGUACCACAUUACAGCAGUUUAGUUUCAUAAGUCUGAGGGCCUUCUGUGGUGAGUCUGAGGCUUUGUAUUUUUAUUUUCCUUAACUUAUGAAGCACCUUUUUUAGGAUUGUUUAUAUUCUGUUACUCCAUGCCUAUGUGUUGUCUCACUGGCUUCUAA